AUGAAGUUCUCCAUCCUCACUGUUGUCGCGGCCUACGCCGCCGCCGCCCAGGGUGCCAUCACUUGGACCCUCGAGAAGGCCGCAAACCCCACCGCCGACCAGACCGACGCAUACACCAAGAUCGAGGCCGCGAUGCGUCUCGCCGUGGCUCGCCACUCCCGUCUCGGAACAGCCUCCAAGACCCUGCGCGUCUACUACGCCCCCGGCGUGCCGACCGCCGAGGCCAACUACAACGGCGACGUCCGCUUCGGCUCGAACCGAUCAUACAUGAACGAGCGCACCGCUCUGCACGAGAUCUCUCACACGCUUGGUGUCGGCCAGACCGCCGCCUUCGACAGCAAGUGCGCUUCCGGCAACUGGGCCACCGCCCUCCCGCUUCUGCGCUCGUGGGAUGGUGCCAGCGCGACCAUCAGCUGUGGCGGCUCGCACUUCUGGCCUUACGGGUUGAACUACGACAACGAGUGGAGCGAGACGAAUGCGAACCGUCAUGUGCAGAUUGUCAACGCCAUGAUCAAGGACGGCAUGUGA